UUCUCAGUCGAUAUCUCGUCUAUUCCGGUAGUUGUGCAAUUCUUGUUCCGUGUGAAUACCAUCACAAGGAUUUUUACAGGUUGUGUUAUAUAGGGCCGUGAUUUAUACUGAAAGAUUUAGAGAGUUUUUACAUGUGUAGUCGUUCAAUUUGAUCGGUAUAUACAUGUACACUGAAUAUGGCGACAAAAACAAACCGUUUCACACCCGAGCAGUUACACGGAUAGAAUGUUGUGAUUAUCGGAGGCGGAUCAAUAUCAUUUUAUCGGAGGCGGAUCAAUAUCAUUUUAAAAACCUGUACGGGAUCAGCGUUUGGUAGUACUGCCUUCACUAUGAGCUGUCCACAGUUUGGUUUAAUGUCUAUGCCUCACAGCCGGAGUGUCCCACUGAAGAAAGCCGAUGUACAGGUGUCCAUCCGCGGAUUUAUCGCCAAUGUUAAGUCGGACCUCCAUUACGUGAACGACACUGACGAGAACAUGGAGACCGAGUUCGUGUUUCCACUGGAUACGGAUUCGGCGGUCUACAAGUUUGAGGCCGAGAUAGACAACAGGACUAUAGUAGCAGAGAUUCAGGAAAAAUCUCAAGCUAAACAGACAUACCAGGAUGCUGUUGAUUCGGGUUAUACUGCUAUGUACAUGGGAGAAUAUGAUAAGGCUGGCGACAUCUUCCGUGUGAGACUCGGGAAUCUUCCUGCCAAAAUGGCGGCUAAGCUGACGUUCUCUUACGUUCAAGAACUGGAUUUGAGUUCUGAUCAGACUGGGACAUUUAUGCUUCCAACUGUGCUUAAUCCUCGAUAUGCACCCGACUGCUCACCAACUGAUGAUUCAAAAUCGGAAGAAUGUCAAGAGACGACGUUAGACACGAUACUGUCUGAAGUAGAAACACUGUAUUAUUCUGAUUUCACAAUGACCUUGGAAACUGUUGUGGCUGGAGGAAAAAAUCUGAUGUUGUCCGAGAACAAAAUGGAGUUUGACGUCUUGGCUGAUAUUAUUGAGAAUAAAAUGAGCUUAUCGAAACAACUGAAGCCUGGUUCUGACUUUUCGAUUGUAUUGCAUUACAAAGGUUUUGAGAAACCAGGAACGAUUUUUGAGAAGGGCAUAAAAGACAGUAAAAAUGGGUUCUUGUCGUCCGAUGUAUUGAUGAUCAAUUUUUCGCCGGAAUUUAAGGAUCUGGAUUCGGAAUUGCCCUGUGAAUUUGUGUUUGUGAUAGAUCGUUCAGGAAAAGCAGAAGGAAUAUCCCAAAAUUGUGAAUUUCGUAACCACAGGAGUCUGGCUGUAGGAUGGGUCCAAAAUAGUCGAUCGAUGACUGGUGACCGCAUUGAGAAAGCCAAAGAAACAUUAUUGUUGUUGCUGAAAAGUCUGCCUGUUACCUGCAUAUUCAAUAUAGUCAGUUUUGGAACAACAUUUUCGACUUUGUUUUCAAAGAGUAAACCGUAUAAUGAGGAAAAUCUGGAAGAAGCUAUGCAUCUUCAGAGGAAUAUGAGGGCAGAUAUGGGAGGAACAGAAAUUUUCAAGCCAUUGGAAAAUGUUUUCAAGAACAAGCCUUCAGGUUCUUAUGCUAGACAAGUAUUUUUGCUGACAGAUGGACAAGUUAGCAGUGUAUCAAACAUAGUACAGUUGGUGAAGGAGCAGAAAAACACAAGGGUGUUUACGUUUGGCAUUGGAGAUGGAUGUUCGACGGACUUGAUACGGAAAGUCGCCAAAGUAAGCAAUGGAAAAGCAACAUUUGUGAAAGAUGAAGAUCGACUGCAGUCAAAGGUUAUGUCCGCUUUGAGAUGCAGUGUGCAAGGUGGAAUUGCUGAUGCGUCCUUAACUUGGACUCUUCCUGAAGGUUGCACUGUCAUAAAUGCUCCUGAUGAAGUACCCCCCGUUUUUCCUGGAGAAAGACUAAUCUUGUAUGCAAUCAUUACCGGUGAUAUUCCGAAGGACUUCUCAGGGAAAACCAGUUUGAUGUUAACUGGUAAAGUCGGCGAAAAGAAUGUUAGUUUUUCUAUGCAGUUUGAUAUGGACUCGUGCACUCAUGCCGACGAUUCUUGCCCGCUUCACAGACUUGCUGCUAAGUCCAAACUGGCUGAGAUGGAACUAAAUAUGACUGACGAAAAUGCGAUGGUUGCACUAAGCACUGCCAUGAAUGUCCCCUGCAGAUAUACGGCGUUUGUUGGCGUCGAUAAAACGAUGAGAACAGCUUUGAUCUCUCAGGACGUCGAAAUGGAGCAAUACAGCAAUGAAUCAUUUAAUCUGUCUGCUUACAAUUUUACAUCGCCAAAGUCUAAACAUAAAUCAGGAUUUGGGGAAAAGUUUGUUAAUAUUUUUUCAAACAUAUUCUCCAAAAAGUCAAUGCAAACAAAAGAUGCGCACGUAUCUAGGCAUGGACCAAAACAUACGAACUCCGCGUCAAGAAAAGGAUCCGUCGAACGCCCACAGUCUUCAACCUCCCCUGGUGCAUUACCUUACUUGGUUCCUGAUUCUCCGAGACAUGAAAAGAUGAACUAUGGAUUCCAUGCAAUGUCUUUCUCGAGCAAUGUACGUAAGAAAAAGUCGAAGCCCUCCCUGGGACGAAAUGAGCGCCUAAGGACAAAGCAUUUUAUCUCGACAGAUGAUCCAGACCCGGUGACGUCCUUGAUGUCUUGUGAAUUGGAUAGAUCGGAAUUUUCAAAUAUCGAUAAAAGCAACAUAUUUAUAGGUGAUUCAGACCUGAAGCUGUCCUUGGCAACUUGUGGAUUGAUGGGUGGAAUGCCAGAGAGUUCAUUGGAUGAAGAUGAUGAACCUGCAGAUGUUGUGAAAGGCACUGAUGACAGCAUUUGGAAAAUGAUGCAGCUGGUUAAGGAACAGAAAUUUAAUGGAUCUUGGCAGUUAGACAGCUUAUUAAAGAUAAUAAAAAAGCCAGAGGAAGAAAUAAAGGAAUCAGCAGUGGUUAAGGACACAGACGUGUGGGCCACAGCUCUUGCUAUUGCAUUCUUAAGAAAAGAAUUGCCUGACAAAAAGGACGAGUGGGAAAUGUUAGUGGAGAAAGCACUGAAAUGGCUGAAGACAAAGGACGCGGAGGGCAAAGAUGUCGUGCAGGAAGCCAUGGCAUUUCUGUCGGAAUAACCCAGUUUAACCCACGUUGAGUCACGCUUCCGAUACAUCAUACAUAUCAAUGACGAGCUAUAGCUUACCUCAGACCAAUUAAUAUUGGAAAUGUCUUGGGGGAUUAAUUCAAGAAGAACAAACGUUUUUUGUGAAAAUUUGUCAUAUUGGCACACUGAUUUUGAAUACGGAUAACUCCGUUUACCUGAUCAAUAUAUAGGACUCACGGCGAGUGUGACCGGCCCACAGGGUAUGCUUACUCCUCCUAGGCACCUGAUCCCACCACUGUUGUGUCCAGAGGUCCGUGUUUGCCCAAAUCUCUAUUUUGUAUUGCUUAUAGGAGUUAUGAGAUUGAUCACUGUUCGUUAUCUUGCCUUUCAUUUGUGUAGCCCAAUUUAUGUCAUUUAUAAGAAGUACAAAUACAUUGCUAAAGUUAGAGUAUGUGCUCAUAAUUGAAAGAUAACUGGCGAUGGAAAGAAUUAAAAGAGUAAUAAUUACAUUUGGUAUCCAAGUAAGCAAUAUUUAUGUACCAGUGUAUGAUACUUAUACACUGAGUGGUAAGUAUUGCAACAAACAUGGAUGACGUCAUCACAAUGUAAAUAUCAGUUGCAUGGAAGAAAACCAGCUUUAAAUGAAAUAAACGUUAUUUAUUUACCAUUUUUCUAGUGUAACUUGACGUAGUCUUGAAGGAAUUGAAGCACAUAAGCUUCGACUGUAUGUCUGAAAGAGACCAUUCCAAAUUAUUGUCCCUGCAGCCACUAGGUCAUCCCGGCUCACGGGACAGUUUGAUUUUGAUACAACGCCAGACAUUUUCAAUGACAUUAAGAUAUGGGGACUGCAGACCAGUUGACUUUUUCUUGUUUCCAAGUAUUGGUCUGUCUAGAGGAGUGGGGGUGGCAUUAUCGUCUUCGAAAAUAAAUGAUUUCCAAAAACUUACAGAGUUAUUUUGUCCAAUGACUACUUGUGUUUCCUCUGAGAAAAUACUUGUAACUUUCUGCCACUGUUCAGGUUUCCAAUAUCUUUUCCCUCGGCACCACAAAAUUCGGCGUUGUCUCUUGACUUGCGAUUGUAAGCGUUUACUAAAUUUUGCCUCUCCUGUAUCCUUCCUGAUGUAACCUACGACGAACAGUUCUCCUGGACACAUUUGUACCUUCAUUCCUAUUAAAAAUUGAUGUAAUGUCUUAAAGAGAUUCUUUUGAGUUAGUUUUCAGAAUGCGAUAAAGUUUCCGAUCACUCCUCUCAUCUAUCACUUUGGGCAUUCCACUCCGGGGAUCGUUUUCAACACUUCCCUUUUGACGAAUUUUUUUCUUCAAAACUCGUCCAACAGUGCUUCAAUGGAUUCCCAAUGAUUCACUAAUUAUAUUGUCAUUAAAUCCCUUUGAAUUUAGAAUUGCAAUCUGUUCCUUUAGGUCCUUUGACAAUUGUCUCAUACUAUUCGACCAUUGUUUCCAGUCGAUACCUUACCUGAAAUCGUCUGCUACUUUGAAGUACAAACGGUUCCCCAUAUAAUUCGUACCCUAGUUAAUUCGCAUACCUGACAUUACAACCUCACCUUAAUUUAUUGCGCGUCAACAAUGAAAAUAGAAUUUGAAGCGAGUAAAAUUGUGAUGACAUCAACCAUGUUUGUUGCAAUACUUUUUGUCAUUCAGUGUACGUUUGGGCGAUAAAUUUAUGAAAAGUAUUAAUGUAAACAAGUUAAUGAGUUAAAACUGGUAGAGUUACAUAUAUUUAGCGCAUAAAUGUUGAUAUAUGUUUGGAAAACAUUAAGGUUUAACUUUAUGUUAAAAUUUGGAUGACCCGAUUUUGUUGUCAAUAUAUACUAUUUGUGCACUAUCUUUUUGUAAUGUUUGUCUAUUUCAUCAAUGAAUUUCAAAAUCUGGAAUUUUCCAAUAAACUAAACAUUUCAUCAAAGAAUAUGUGUAUAAACACUACAGAUA